AUGGAGAUGCUUCCGGAGCCGGCGUUGAGCGCCGGCCAUGUCAGCCGGACGACAUACGGCGGCAACCGGGCCUUCCACAACUUUGCGAACGACUACUCGCACAUUUCGGACCCCAACCUGCGGCGGCGCCUGGCGCUGUCCGAGAUCGACAAGGUGCCGUUUGGGCUAUACCGUACGUUCUCGGUCUUUGCCUUGAUGUUCUUGCUCUUGUUUUCUGUCUCCCAGGCGUCACCUACUCCGCUGACAGCCCCAGACGUGCGCGCCGUCGCCGUCGCCGGCGUCGGCUUCUUCCUCGACUCGUACGACAUCUUUGCCAUCAGCAUGGUGACCAGUCUGCUGGGCAUCGUCUUCUGGGGCGCAGCGGCCGAGCCGGCAGCAGCAGCCGAGGUGGCGGCGGCGUACGGCUACCGCGGCGGCGGCGGCCAGCUGCCGGACAGCGUCAACCAGGCGCUCAAGGCGUCGACCAGCGCCGGCAUCAUCCUCGGUCAGCUCGUCUUCGGCUGGCUGGCCGACGUGUCGGGACGGCGACGGAUGUACGGCAUCGAGCUGGCCAUCAUCGUGCUGUCGACGCUCAACUGCGCGCUGGCCAGCCCGAGCCCGUCCAUCAGCUCGACCGGCCUGCUGGUGUUCUGGCGCGUCCUGAUGGGCAUCGGCAUCGGCGGCGACUAUCCGCUGUCGUCCGUGAUCACGGCCGAAUUUGCGCCCACGCGCUGGAGAGGCGCUAUGGUGGCAGCUGUCUUCUCAAUGCAAGGGUUCGGCAAUUUGCUCAGCGCCAUCGUCGCCCUCAUCGUUACCGAGGCCUUCCGUUCCGAGUUUAUCGUCGCCGCCAGUGCCGGCAGCUGCGAAGGAAGCUGCCGCGUCGCAGCAGACCGGUCGUGGCGCAUCAUCAUUGGCUUCGGCGCGCUACCGGCCUGCUUCGCCCUCUACUACCGCAUCACGAUCCCGGAGACGCCCCGAUACACGUUUGACGUCGCGCACGACAUUGAAAAGGCCGAUGCCGACAUCCGCGCCUACAUGGCCAGCAGGCCGGAGGGCGUGGUCGAUCCGGUCGUGCAGGCGCGGCUCAAAAGCGUGGCUGGACCGUCCAUGUCAGUCCCGACGGCUUCCUGGACCGAUGCCACGUGCUAUUUUGGCCGUUGGAAGAAUCUCCAGACGCUGCUGGGCACCACGCUGUCGUGGUUCUUCCUCGACCUGGCCUACUACGGCCUGGCCCUCAACAACGCGGUCAUCCUCGAAGCGAUCGGGUACUCGAGCGGGCAGACCCUCUACCACGUGCUGCGAAACAAUGCCAUCGGGACCAUCAUCCUCGCCUGUGCUGGCAGCUUGCCGGGCUACUGGGCGGCCGUGCUCACGAUCGACACCGUCGGACGCAAGCCGCUGCAGGUGCUGGGCUUCUUCAUCCUGACCAUCCUCUUCUGCGUGCUCGGUUUUGCCUUCCACCGGCUGAGCGAGGCGUCCAUGCUGACCCUCUACAUCGUCGCCCAGUUCUUCUUCAACUGGGGGCCCAACACGACCACCUUUGUCGUCCCCGGCGAGUGCUUCCCUACGCGUUAUCGCUCUACCGGCCACGGCAUCUCGGCCGCCAUGGGCAAGCUGGGCGCCAUCCUGGCCCAGCUCAUCAGCAUCCCCAUUCUCAGCAGGGACUCGCCGCCCCAUUGCAGCACCGGCUCCAUCGCCUGCUCGCCCUGGCUCAACCGCCUGAUGCAGCUCUUUGCCCUCUUCAUGCUGUGUGGCACCGUCGUCUCGCUGCUCUUCGUGCCCGAGACUAAGGGCGUCACUCUCGAGGAACUGGCCGGCGAACCCCCUACCUCAUACAAUGCCGGCAGCAACGGCAGUGUCGUCGGCGUUCCCUCUUCCACUACCGGCCGCUUCAGCUGUCUCAAGUGGAAUCCUUUCGCCGGCGGCCAGCCUGCCGGCUUCCACUAUCCACGAAUGGAUGAUCUCAGAAAUGGCAUUGGCCGCCAGCGCAGUCGUUUCCACCUCCGCCAUCGCUACCGUCGCAACAAUGGCAGCGCCUACGAUGAGGACCGGGAAGAUGUGCCGCGCAUCGGGAUCAUGACCAGCCCCGAGAUCGUUGCCCGGGAUGCCGCUGCCCGUCGUGGCAGCCGCUGGCGAGCACUCAGCACCCGAACCUCGUCCACGGUGCAGAGCUGCCACAUGGGAAGCGGCAGUGGUGGGCUACCGUCCUCUCCAACGCUGCAACCACUGUCGGUACCGGCAGCCACAGCGGCCGUCUUUCCUGGCUGGGGCGCAGGCUGGGGGCGUAUUGACCGAGGUGGACAUGCCACUACGCUGGACGAGAUCCGGCUUCAGGACGUCGGCAGCCUGCUGAGAUAG